CGAUGUGUUUGUGUGCGUAACCACUCGUUAUUGAGCAUUGCUUUUAUUGUUGGCGCAUGAACUUGAAAGCCAACGUCCAGCGGAAGCAGUACAGACCCGAGUGAAGAGCGCCUCCAGUGGAGGGGUUAAGCUUUCAAUUGACAUCCUCCAGCCUAAUGGUAUAAACUGAUAUAUAAUGGCUUCCCGACACAAAGCUUUGUCACUAGAUGAAGUACAUGCCAGCUGACUGGAUAACAUCACGAAUAGGGGUGGUGAAGGGAUAAUGGAAGAAACAAACCACGUCACAACGUUGACCAGUAUGUAUUUUAACACCAGCCUCGAGCAGCUCAUCGAUGACGAAUACUUCGACGAACUGAACAAAAAGAUGGCGAGAUCAAUGUUGGCCACGUUGAUCUACAUCAGCCUCUUGAUGAUCCUCGGCGUGGUGGGCAACACAAUGGUGUUCCUGGUCUACUACCAGAGGUUCAAACCCAGUGCCACACGCACCUACAUCCUGGUCAUGAGCGUCUUCGAUCUGCUGGCCAACGUGACGUCACUUCCCGGUGAGAUCCUCGACAUCCGGUUUGCAUUCACCUUCGACUUACCUUGGCUAUGUCGCAUUUUCCGCUCUCUCAACAGCUUUCUGACAUUAGUCUCGGCCGCAAUCUUGGUGGCCGUGGCGCGGGACCGACAUCGUAAGAUCUGCCAACCCCUGCUGACUCAGCAGAACACACUCGGCCAACUCGGGGCUUCCCUGGCUGCAUGCAUCGGCUUCGCACUCGCCCUCACCAUCCCGUUUGGCAUCUUGAACGGACGUCACACCAUCUCCACAGGUGUGACUAACGUCACGGGCGUGACGUGCUCCAUCGACGAUGCUUUCGUGUCGACGCCGUUCCCGAUGGCUUACAACGCGCUGAUGGCUUUGGCCUUCGUGAGCUGCGUGGCCAUCAUGGUCACAUCCUACGCCGGCGUCGGACGUCAGCUGUGGAGGCACCGGAAAAGCUCGAAGAACGUCACCAGAGUCAACCCCACCGGACAGGGACGUCCAAACUUCUUUGUCGGAGGCAGGGGAGGCUGGCAGAAGCCGUCGUACAACAACGACGACGACACCACUACGUCCGACACCAGGAUGAAAUCGGCUGUGUCGGAGCUGCCGGCUAGUUCGUCGAAUUCCGACAUCGAUUCUUCAAAUCGUUUGCCGAAAUCUCAAGCAGACAAUCAGUGGCGGGUUCUCUUCGUGAAGCCGUCAAAUGACGAGGCCUGCAAUGUUCGUCUGCUAGGUGGGCAGAGCCGCAGCCAAGAAAUGUUACUCUCCGAUACGUCCAACAUGGCGGCAGGGCCUGGACCACGUCCAAUUUGUCUUCGCGACGAAUCAUCAACCGCCAUCAACAUGACGCAGGAUUCCACGGUAACUACUGCUGCUGCACAGCACGAUCACGACUCCACUUCAGGAGAGCUCAUCAACGAAACAUCAUUUCAAGUCACUGCGAAUGGCACGAAAAGGCUGGGGAAUGGAAAACCAUCAAACUCAUCUUUAACCAAAUCAAUCUUUCGUACUCACAGCCGAAAGAGCUCCUCUCUUGCGAAAACAGACAAGAAACAAGGGAGGCGACUAACACGGUCGCGAGGCAGCAUGGUCAAGAAGAUCCCGAAGAGCACCACGAUGAUGAUGUUUGUCCUCACCGCUGUCUUCAUCGUCAACUACCUUCCACACCUCCUCAUCAUCAUCGCACGCGCGGUGUCUGAUGACGUUGGGAAGGGGUUGGAGGGGUGGGAGCUGAACAUCUACAACAUCGCCCUCCGCUCCUACUUCGUCAACUGUGCGGUGAACCCGCUCGUCUACAGCUUCUGCAGCGCCAGAUUUCGGCAGGAGUGUGGCAGUCUUGUACUAGGCAAGGCCAAAUAACAUCCACGCACUUGUCACCAUUAAAUGAAUUGUACGGAAAAACACAGUCGAGGAGGAGACAACUAAAGUAACUGUAAUUAUUUUCACAAAUCCAGAUCCUGGAUUGUAAAAAUAGAAUAAAGGUGGCCAUCUUGUAUGACAUAGUAUGAAUGGUAAUCUUGGCAAUGAUACUGUCAUCUAUGUCGACCCAAAGUAUAAUCAACAUCAGUAGCUGGCCAGAUAAAGGACAUUCGUGUGUUGAUACCCGAAUCCUUUUCACACACUCCUCACUAAAAGAAAAGAGUAUGUGUGAAUCAACAGACUAAUUCGUCGAAUAAAACCACAAACGUAGCGGUAUUCAAAUAUUUUACUUGUUUUGUUGUCAUUUCUUUAAUUAUAUGUGAUGUGUCAUUGAUCAUGUCUGUCGUAUUACAUAUUGACCUGCUGUAACUUACAUGAUUACAUUUUGUACAUAUAAUGUUUUUCAGUUGAUUAGUUGUCACACUAUUUAAAUACUAUCCUUUUCAUAAACUCCGGUUUUCGUCUUUCGUGGUACAUCUUUCUUUCACUCAUUAUAUAGAUUUUACAUAAUUGCUCUUGAAUUAUUCUGAUUUUUCCCGAAAGCGUGACAGUUUUAUUUAGUUUCUUUUUUGGGAGUGAUCUUGAUUUAAGCAUGAAUAAUAUGUUCAGAUGAUAUAUAAAGAUCACGACUGUGAUUGUAUCUGUCUAGGUAUGUACGAAUCACGCCGGUUGACGACAUACGCAGUGAACUGUUGUCACUUUUCUAAGAUGAAUGAGAGUAGAAAAAUACAUUGCUUUAUUGUGAUUACUGCUUACAAAUGUAUCUUGUAUAAUGUUUCAUUGUGUCUCGUGAUGUUUACAGGAAUAGCUUUGUGUGUGUAUGCGUGUGUGCUGAGUGUAUAGUGUGUGUGUGUGCAUGCGUGUGUGCGUGUGGGGUUUUAUAUAUAUGUAUGUAUGUGUCAUGUUGAAACAAUCAAAGUUUCAUACAACGAAAGUUCUCUGCCAUUUAUACCUGUGCCUAAAAGUCGAGAAAAAAACAAUAAAUCCGCAGCGGGUGCGAAGAGAGAGGUAGAAAAA